AGACAGACAGACAGGUGUGUCAGACAGCAGCACUUUGUUGUGUGAGUGUGUGUCUGUGUGUCUGUGAGUGAACUCCGAGUACUCAGUAUGGAUGAAGUAUGUGAGGAUGACCUGUGCUGGCUGCAGUUGGAUGAUUACAGGAUGCUGCUCAUCAAAACCAUCGACCCUUCAAGAAUCACUCCGUACCUGCGGCAGUGUCAGGUGAUCAGCGCUGAGGAUGAGGAGCAGCUCUUCAACGACCCCACUCUGGUCAUCAGGAGGAGGAAAGUUGGAGCCCUGCUAGACAUCCUGCUCAGGACAGGGGUCAAAGGUUACACGGCCUUCCUGGAGAGUCUGGAGUUGGAUUAUCCUCAGUUGUACAGUCGAAUCACAGGGAAGGAGCCUAACAAGACCUUCAGCAUUCUCAUUGACACUGCAGGAGAAUCUGGUCUCACUCAAUUCUUGAUGUCAGAGCUCAGUCGCUUGCAGAGGGCAUUACAAAAUGAGAGAAAACGUCGCCAACAGGCCUGUUCUGUUGCUAAGGAACAGGAGGCAUGGUCUCAGCAGCAGCAGCUGAGGGACCAUGAGAAAAGGAAAUUGACUGAGCGUGUGCAGAAGCUUCGGGAGGAGCGGGAGCGACUGAGCGAGGAGGUGAAGCAGCUUAGAAAUCACAACUACAGUCUGAUGACUGAAAUCAAUACCCUGAACCAAGAGAAGAGCAACGCCCUGCUGGCCAACAGAGACCUGCAGAUAGAGGUGGAAUGCCUCAAACACAAUGUGCAGCGAGCUGAGAGCCAGACUCGACUGCUGAGACGACGAACACUGAGACCACAGCUGGAAAGCAGGAAUGUGACUGUACCCACAGAGACCUUUUUUCAUCCCAACAAACUGGAGGAGCAGAAGGAGGAAAAGCCAGAGGAGAGAAAAGAGGAGAAAAAACAGGAGGAGAAGGAAGAGAAAAAUCAAGAGAGGCCUGGGGUUCCUUUCCGUCAAAUGAAGGUCCUUGCUACAGUGUUCAGACUGAGAAGAGAUCUCCACCGAGCAGAGGAGCAGAGGUCCAAGAGUCAGGAGGAGAAAGAGGAGCUGGAACUGUGCUGUACUCAGCUGAAGAGUGACGUCAGGAUGUACCGUCAACGGAACAAACAAACCCUCAAACAGCUGGAGGAGGUGAUCAAAGAGAGAGACAAGGCUCUGGCGUCACGGGCGGUGCACCAGGAGGAGGCACGGCUGCAUCUGCAGGACAAGGAUCACUACAGGGAGCAGGUCAGACAGCUCACUGAGCAGUCUGAUAGGCUGGAGCUCCGCCUGCUAAAGUCACAGGGGGAGGAGCUACAGCUCAGAACACGCUUCCGCAAACUCACCUGCAACACCCACCAGGAGAGAAGUGUGAGCAGUGAGGAAGAGGAGGAGCCUCCUGAGAACACUGUAAAAGGAAGCAGUGAGACAUCAGGGAAUGAGGAAAUAGCACCAUUGCAGCAGCCAAUCAUGCCUAUAGGAGGGGCUACGGGGUCUGAACAAAAGGCCAGCCCUGCUGCAUCAUGGGAGAAGCAGACAGAUGACUGUCUCACCUCCAAGAGUCACCCAAACUUCUUUUAUCGCAGGAAGCGAGCAGUCAGGUCAAAGGUCAGCAGUAAGGAGUACACAUCUGGUAACCUUGAUGACAGCAGUGGCAGUGACAUCACCGAAUGGGACUAAGCAGAUCUGAGAUCAUGCACUGUGACCAGAGGUGGAUAGUAACGAAGUAGAUGUACUUCGUUACACUAUUUAAGUAGUUUUUUUGAGGAUCUGUACUUUACUUGAGUUUUUUUUUUAUUAUUAAUCAGGACUUUUACUUUACUCUACUACAUUUAAAUAUUAAAAAAUAUAUUUUUACUCUGUUACUUUGACGUUUGCCACCUAGUUACCCAUUGCAAAUUAAAAUAGAAAUAUAAUUAAUCUGGGAUUAUCUGGAAUGGGCGUGUCAGAGAGGACGAGAAGAACGUAUGGUACUCAUGAAGAUUAGAGGUAAGGGUGGGACGCGUGGUGCGGUGGAGAUCAACAUCAACACCUACACGGCACAUGUUACCACACUGACAGCAUCUCCUUUGGUAGAAGACGACAGUCACCCGUGGUUAUACCUGGCAACAAUGUUUGGUUACCUUGGGAUGGGGGAAAAUCCUAAAACAUACAGAAUAAAGUGCCACGAGAUAAAAGCGUUUAAGAACUCUCCAUCCAACCGUUUGUGAACCAUUUUUGGUUGUUUUGCUUCUUUUUAUGCAUACUAUAGAAACACUUUGUACUUUACUUGUACUUUUGAUACUUGAGUAUAUUUUUUCACAAGAUGCUUUUGAAACAUGAGUGCAUUUAAUGUGAGUAACUUUAAGUCUUUUACUCAAGUGAUUUUCUUAUGGGUGACUUUAACUUUUACCAUUUUCACUGGUACAUUAUACACCUCUGACAGUGACAACUUGCACAAUGAAAUGCUUUGUUAGAUUCUGUAUGAUUCUGUGUUCGACAUUGUUUUUCAAUUGAAAGUGUCUGUAGUGGCACUGCUGUCCAGUCAUUGAUAAUAUGGUUAAAAUGUAUAUUACGAUCAGAGGUAUAUGGAAUACUGGGAAACCACACUUACCUCAUCAAAGUACCUCAUCAUAAAACCAGAGGUGUCAAGUAAUGAAGUACAAAUACUUUGUUACCUCACUUAAGUAGACAUUUUGGGUAUCUAUAUUUUACUGGAGUAUUUAUUUUUCAGCCGACUUUUUACUUCUACUCCUUACAUGUUCACACAAAUAUCUGUACUUUCUACUCACACACACACACAAAAAAACCUAUCCAGAUAAAUCGUGCCAUCUGCAUAGAGUGAAUUGUGGUUGGAUGAGAAGUAUAAACAUAUACCAUUCUGACAUCCUAUUGGUUUGUACGUGGUCCUUGGAGUGACGUGAUUUGUCACACUCCAGCAGGGACACAGCAGACGACUAGUACGAAGAUGUCCGUGGCAGAGACUCAAGAGAACUCGAGUGAAAUGUGACAUGACUUUGAUAGAAGUCACCUAUUAAAUCAUGAGUACAUGAGUAUGAAAAGCAUUUGUUACGAUAUGUUAUAAGAAGUAUCGAAACCGAAAGUAAAAUUGUGAAAAUUCUUAAUCAUAAAAGAUAAACAAGUUCUUAAGCCUUAAAGCCCCUUAAUAUCAGGUUAUAAUGAGAACUGGCCCACAACCUCCUCCACCUGUAGCUAGAUUAUAGACAGAAUAUAAUACUAAAUAUGAUUGUUAGCUAUUGUCAAGAAUAGUGAGCAAGGUUUUUAUAAUAAUGCCUAAGUUUAUGUGAAUAACACUUGUAUUUACCUUAAAAUUAUGUAUAUUUG